GAAUUUCAUGUCCGCCUUUCUAUCCAAAUCACACCCCUCCCCCGCUCCCUCUCUCAUAUAAACCCUUCCUUCCGCCAUAAAUUUUUUAUUAUAAAUAAAUUGUCCCCUUCCCACCCCCCAAAAUUUCUUUCUUUAAAUGUUACUCCAAACAUUACAUCAUUUUCAUUAUUAUCAUUAUUAAUAAUAAGUACCAUAUAUAUCAGCAGUUCCUUUUGUCCCAAUAUCUAGGGUUUCUUUUGAAGAAGAUCCGGUCUUUAAUUAUUGCAUCGGGUUCCUGGACACGUCAACUUUUGCAAUGAUGCAACAUGAGAUGGAAUCCCAGAUUCAUUAUCUUGAACAAAUAGCGUACAGCUCCGUACUUCGAGCAUUCAAAGCACAGUCUGAAGCCCUUACAUGGGAAAAGGAAGGAUUGAUAACGGAACUUCGAAAAGAGCUGCGAGUUUCCGAUGAUGAACAUAGAGAAUUACUGUCCAAGGUGAAUACCGAUGAACUUAUUAUAAGUAUUAGGGAGUGGAGGUUAUCAGGGGGAACCCGCAGUGCAAUGAUCAACAUUCCUCAAUCUAUCCAUGACCCGAUAUCAGUGAGUCCAACUGUUUCUGCAUCGCGGAAGCGACCAAAGACAUCUAUGGCCCCUUCUUUACCCACUCAAUCUUUUCCUGGAUUGGGAGGUGGAAUCCAGACCCCUAAACCUUCUCCAAGGUACCCGUUAAUGGGGCGAACUCCCAGGGGAAUGCUCUCCAAUCAUGGCUCUUCUGCUAUUACUUUACCAAAUGAUGCAGCAGCUGAUGUGGGUACAAGAAAUUACUUGGUUGGGAGGAAAUUGAGAACUAGAUGGCCUGAUGACAAUAACUUUUAUGAGGCAGUCAUAGUUGAGUACAACCCUGUACAGGAUCGGCAUGCAUUGUCGUACAACAAAAAUACACCACAGGAAAGCUUUGAAUGGGUUAGUCUUAAAGAGAUUCCUCCAGAGGAUAUCCAAUGGAUAGGUGAGGACCCAGGAUACCAUCAAGUUAGUCAUGGUGGAUUUAGUAAUGAAAUUAGCCAUGGAGUUGAAAGGGGUAGAGCAAACUCAAGGGAGCAAUCUCGAGGUGGAUUCCCGCUGUUGCAGAAUGGUGAUUCGAAGUCUCCCGAUGAGAUUGAGAUACUUCACACUGACACUCUUAUAAAGGAGGUGGAAAAGGUGUUUGAUGCUACUCAUCCUGAUCUGCAUGAAAUAGAGAAGGCGAAAAAAAUGCUAAAGGAUCAUGAACGAGCGCUGAUUGACGUCAUUGCGAAGCUUGCUGAUGCAUCCGACAGUGAUAGUGGUGGUGAUCAUCGAUUCAUGCGUGGACAAGCAGUGGAUGGGGAGUUAGCAACUAGGCACAUUCAAUAUGGGAGCAAUCAGUACGGGAGAUCUGAUGGUACGGGAAUGGGCAGAGGGAGCAUAACAGCAACUGAUAGCCAGCCAGAGGAGUAUAUCGAUAUCCUCUAGUUCUUCUAUGCAUGUUGUGGAACUAAAUCAAACUCUUUUCGACGUGUAAAGCUCUCUAACUUGAAAGGAUAUUCAGAAAUUAGAGUUUAGUUUUGAUUGGGUAUUUUUUUGUUCAAGACAUCUAUUGUAUAGACGGUAAUAUUGAAGUAGAAUGCACAUACUAACAUUCGAAAGUAUGGCCUUGUAGGUCUUAGUUUAAUGCUAUUUUUAUGUGUACAAUUA